AUGUCCGAACACCCCUGGUACAAUCUCCCCACGCAACUGGGCAGCAUCAUCCCAGAGUUCAACCGCGCCGUGACCCAAAACCCCCAGUUCCUCGCAUUCACAAACACCACCCAUAUCUCAAUCCCGAUAUCCUUCGCCAUAAAAUCCGUCGGCAGCGACGACGCUAUCAUCUUCACCUUCAACCAAAGCACAGGAAGUGCCCGCGUGGGCCCCUACACAGAUGCCCUGUUCUCCCUCGCCGCGCUGCCAACGCAAUGGGAGAACUUAUUCAAGAAGAACCCAGCCAUACCGUACCAGAGUUUCUGGGCUCUUUACGGACAGAACAUCCGCCAGGACAGCGUUGCAGUGAUCGGCGACCAACUCGCGUUUGCUAACUAUGCGCAUAUCUGGCGCACAAUGCUGGAUGUCCUGCACGACACUUACUGCGGGCCUAACGAUGUCUCUGCCCAGCCCGAACAGGAAGAAGACUACCUGACAGGCCGGUACAUCUUCGUGCAGAGCAAAGGCUGGGGCCGGUGUAAGAUCUUCUACGAGAGCAGCGGCACGGGCCCGUGUGAGAUCGUCUUCCUGCACACGGCGGGGUCUGAUAGUCGGCAGUACCACGGGGUCAUGAAUGAUGCAAGGAUGAGGGCUCGGUGUACGAUGUAUGCGUUUGAUUUGCCUUCGCAUGGGAGGAGUUUUCCGAGUCUGGAGUAUCCGGCUGGUGGGCAUACGAAUAGCGAGGAUGCGUAUCUUGGCUGUAUUGCGGGGAUGAUUAGGGAGUUGGGGUUGAAAGAUCCUAUUUUGUGUGGUGCGUCGAUGGCCGGGCAGGCGUGUAUUGCUGCUGCUAUUCGUGCGGAGGAGGUUGGGAUUGGUGGUUCUAUUCCACUGCAGGGAUGCGAGCGCGUUGAGAUGAACCGUGAGUGGCACGACAAGUCCCCUCUCAUCAACAGCGCCACUUUCAACCCGGAAUGGGUCUACGGAAUGAUGUGUCCAACAGCCCCCCACGAAAACCGGCAACUCCUCUGGCACACCUACAGCGCGCAAGCCUACGGCGUAUACCACGGCGACCUAGACUUCUAUUUCAACGGCUGGGACGGCCGCGGCAGAGUCGAAACCAUCAACACAAAGAAAUGCCCAAUUUACUUCCUCGCCGGCGAGUACGACUGGAGUAACACGCCUGAGAUGUCGGAGAACACGGCUAAUAAGAUUGCCGGGGCGAGGUUCAAGCGAAUGCCAAAGCUGGGUCAUUUCCCGGCUACGGAGGAUCCGGCGGUAUUUGUGCCGCAUUUGUUGGAGGCGGUUGAUCAUUGUGCUGAGAAGGGUGGGGAUUGA